AUGGGAAAUGACAUCAUGUGCGUGGAAAAUGUUCCCCUGGACACAACGCUCAACACAUUCAUUCGACUGUACGCCAAUCUAACGGCCACGAAGUUUAUGUGUCGCGAAGGCAGCUGCGGCUGCUGUAUUGUGGCUCUCCAUGGCCUUCACCCAGUAACGCGCCAAUUGGCUUCGUGGUCAGUCAACUCCUGCCUCUUCCCCAUCUACUCAUGCCACGGCAUGCACAUCGUCACCGCGGAGGGCCUCAAGGGCGCCGCUCGCCGUCCGCACGCUCUGCAGGCGCGCCUCGCCGCAUCCUUCGGCAGCCAGUGCGGCUUCUGCAGUCCUGGCUUCGUCAUGACAAUGUACGGCUUGCUGGAGGGCAAAAACCGCCGAGUCAGCAUGAGCGAUAUUGAGAAUGCCUUGGCGGGGAAUAUCUGCCGAUGCACAGGAUAUCGACCCAUCUUGGACGCCUUUAAGUCCUUCGCCAUGGACGCUCCGCGAGCCCUGGCUGACAUUGAAGACCUGCCGAAAUCCUGUACCAUUCCACGCAAAGUUUGCUUCGAAACAGUCCACAAUGAGGUGCAUCUUCGCCUUCCAGAUGGCGCAGAGUGGCACAAAGUCUACACCAUUCCGGACAUUUUGAGGAUCCUGCAAACUAUCGAGGAUCGAUCGUAUAUUCUACUGUCCGGAAACACCGCUCGAGGACUCUAUCCUCAAGAUAAUGGUCAAUACCCAGACGUGUUUGUUGAUGUUUCCGCUGUGAAAGAACUUCGCACAAUAUCCUUAAAUUCCGUCCUCGAGAUCGGCGCCAAUGUUCCUCUAAGUGAAGUGAUCGACACACUCAAGAAGGCCUCUGAGGUGCGCAGUGAUUUCUUCUACUGUCGCCAAAUGGCGAAGCAUUUUGAGCGUAUUGCCAAUGUCGCAGUUCGUAAUGUCGGCACAAUAGCAGGAAACUUGAGUAUCAAGUAUCGACAUAAAGAAUUUGUGUCUGACAUAUUCGUUCUUUUGGAAGCCAUAGGAGCCACUGUAACAAUUAUAUCAUCCAUAGGCAGCAUUAAGAUAAUGAGAGUGGCGGAUUUCCUCAAAAUCAGCAUGAAAAAUCGAAUUAUUGUCCGAAUAACACUUCCAUCUCUGCCCAAGAAUGCGUAUCAAUACUUCAGCUAUAAAGUAAUGCCCAGAGCGCAAAAUUCCUUGGCUCUGCUCAACUGUGCCUUUCUGUUCAAAUUCAACUCCGAUCGUUCGUCAGUGUUGAAUGCAAGACUGUGUUUUGGAGGGAUAAAUCCUCACUUUAUCCACGCGACCUCAACGGAAAAGCUUUUGCAGGGUCGAGAUUUAUUCCAGGACUGCACAAUUCAGGCUGCUUGCGUGAAUCUUGAAAGCGAAUUGAUCCUUGAUUGGGUGCUUCCAGAUCCUCACCCGAACUACCGCAAAAUGGUGGCUCUUGGACUGUUCUAUAAGGCUGUAAUUGGCAUGUGUCCUUUGGACAGAGUCAGGCCGGAGAUUAGAAGUGCCGGCAAGGAUGCCGAAUUGAUGUUGUCGUCUGGAGAGCAACACUUCACAGCCAAGGAGAGUCAAGGACCUGUCUUGAAGCUAGAAGCGAUGGAUCAGUGCACAGGCGAUGCAAAGUACAUAAACGAUAUGCCUUAUAUGCCAAAUGAAGUUUGGGGUGCUUUUGUAUGUGCAACAGAGUCAACGGCAACUAUCGUGAACGUAAAUACAAGCAAGGCUCUGGACAUGCCAGGAGUUGUUGCGUUUUACGGCGCUAAUGACAUUCCGGGAAUAAACAACUGCACACAUCCCAUUAUGUAUCAAGAGGAGAGUCAGGAGCUGUUCUGCAGUGGAAGGAUCAUUUACCACGGUCAACCGAUAGGCAUGAUUCUUGCAGCUACGAUGGAUAUUGCGCAAGCAGCAGCUCAUCAAGUUGUUGUGACUUAUCGCAGAGAUCUGACCAAUCCACCAAUCGCUACCAUCAAAGACGCUCUGGAAGAGACAAACCAGACUAGAAUAGGACGUGACAUUCUCAAUAUGUUGGAUGCAAGCAAUCACGGUCUAGACAUUGCAUACACAUUCACUGGUAGAUUCGAACUUGGUUCACAGUUUCACUUCAGUUUGGAACCGCAGACAACCAUUUGUGUUCCCAGUGAAGACGGCAUGGAGGUUUACUGCUCAACUCAAUGGAUGAACCUCGUGAAGGUUAUCAUAGCACAAGUUGUCAACAUACCGGAGAACACUGUGUCUAUGCAGCUGAAGCGAGUUGGCGGCGCUUAUGGUGGAAAGCUGUACAACAGUGUUUUUGCUGCAGUAGCUUGCGCUCUGGCUUGCCAUCUGCAGAGGCGCCCUGUUAGAUUUGUGCUAUCCCUCGAAGCGUCUAUGAUUGCUCUGGGCAAGAGGUUGCCCGUGUUAACAGAUUACGAAGCAAAAGUGAGUGAACUUGGGAAGAUACAGAGGCUGAGACAAGAAAUUUGGAUGGAUUUCGGGGCAAUCAUCUCAAACAGACUGGAUUUGCACACAACGAAUGGCUUGCAGAGUUGCUAUGACAGCUCCUAUUGGACUGUUCAUGGUAAGUGCGUGAAAACAAACACACCAAGCAACACUUGGUGUCGCGGACCUGGAUUUGUGGAGGGAAUCGCCAUGAUUGAGAACAUUAUGGAACACAUCGCGAAAACCGUGAAGAGAGAUUCGCUAGAUGUGCGUCUGGAGAAUCUUCCUGAAGAGACGCCAAUGAGGAAAUAUCUCAUAGAUUUCGCAAAGUCUGUGUGCUACAGAAAGCGCAAAAUGGAGAUUGACUCCUUCAAUCACAUGAAUCGCUGGAGAAAACAAGGAAUUGCUAUAAUUCCUAUUAGCUUCACUACACAAUACUAUGCUCUGAGUUCAUCUUCUGUCUCUAUUAAUGCAUAUGAUGGUACAGUUACGAUUAUUACAAGCGGAAAUGAACUCGGUCAGGGGUUGAAUACAAAAAUUGCUCAAAUAGCUGCUCAGACUCUGAACAUUCCCUUGAGCUUCAUCAAAGUGGGACCUACAAAUGAUUUGAUCAGCAAUGGAGGAACUGGAUCGGUGGGAAGUCAAACGAACCAAGCUGUUGGUUUUGCCACUCAGAGAGCUUGCAAGCUUAUCCUGGAGCGCAUGGAGCCUGUCAAGAGGGAAAUGGGAGAUGUUCCGUGGCGUGAACUCACUCAGGAGUGCUUCAAGCGCUUCAUUUCCAUGUCCGAGACGCAUAGCCAUCGGCCGGAUGAAGAUCCUAUUUCUCCAGUUUGGGCGAUGGCCUGCGCCCAAGUGGAGGUGGACAUUCUCACAGGAGUGGUUCAAGUUCAGCGAGUGGACAUCGCGGAGGACGUAGGAAAGAGCAUUAAUCCACAUAUUGACAUUGGUCAGAUCGAGGGUGCUUUCGUCAUGGGCCUGGGAUAUUGGCUGCACGAGCGCAUUCUGCAUGAUCGACUCUCUGGUGUGCUGACAACGCGAAACGCGUUGACCUACAAUCCGCCAGGGGCCAAGGACAUUCCGACGGACUUCAGAGUGACACUUCUCGACUCCAGGGACGGGUAUUUGGGUGGUGUCCUGGGAUCAAAGGCUGUUGGAGAGCCUGCAACGUGCCUUAGUGCCGUUCUGCCUUGCGCCAUUCGCUACGCUUUGGACUCUGCGCGUCGCGAUGCUGGUGUGAAUGACGAUUGGUAUGAACUUAAUUGUCCAUUGACUCCUGAUCGGAUUCUACAAGUGUGCGAAACGAAAAUUCAACAGUUUCAGCUAUAGCGAAUAAGUAUUCCGAGCUUUAUUUGCCUCUUAGUGAAGUAGCUUACGAGAUUUAGCAGUGGAUCUGCUAAAGUUAAGAGAUCGCAAAUGAUGUAAUUCAAAUAAAAUAUAUUUACUUUGACAAAACAUCCGAUAAUUGCGCCAUAAAAUCACACCGACAGCACAAAAGUGUCAGGGAAAGUAAGCAAGAUGUGAGCAUAACUUGAAAUAGAAUUCAUUAAAUUGCUUUUUAUGCAAAAUACAUCUCUCCCAAGUC